AUUUGAAAUGGUAUCGUUAAAGAAGGACUAGGGCGUCAAUAGUUUUUCCACGAGAAAGCAAUGGAAGAGAACACUGACGUUUUUUACCUAAAAACACAGAAAAAUCAAGCCCGGCCAGCUGAAACUGGGCUGCAUAAAUACAGACUGUUGGAGAAAAGAAGAGGAAGAUGAGUAUUACAAGAGUAAUAUAGCUUGACAAGAAUGACACUCAAGUAUCAUCUUCAGGCACUUUCAGUCCAGAAGGAGCAGCCAGGAAACAGCGUCAGGAGGAGGUCAACUGCCGCUAAAAGACUCCCAGUUAACAAACCAGAUGUCGUCAGACUCUCUUCACGCAGAGGCCGCAGUGGACUGCCAAGCCAAUGCAAACCCUUACAUAACCGUCACCAUGUUAUCGCGUUCUGAGACGUCCGCCAUCCUUCGCCACAGGCCAGUCUCCCAAGUCACGCAGGUGUCGCAAUACCUGAAGGAUGCACUUUUGUGCGAAGACUCAGAGCUGUGCUUUGAGGAAGUGCGAGCUAACAAGUAUCAAAAGCAGUUUCAGACUAAAAGCUGUAAGACGUCAGCUGAGCUCAAAGAAGACAAGGUGAGGAAUAAAAAAAAUAAUUCCAGAUUUCGGUUUGUGGAGCUCAGACUGACGCAGGCAAAAAUUACAUGCCAGACUCCUGCAGAAGAAAGGGUUGCAGGUGAAAAUCCUGAUCUUCACCAGGAGGACAUUGGGGGGUGUCAUGUCUUUCCUUGUAGAUCGUCUGCGGGCUUCGUUCAUGAGUCUAGUGUUCUACCUGAACCUUCUCAAAGAGCUGACAGCAACACUUGCAGCUCACAGGAAUUGCAUCAUCAUGUGCCCAUUGUGGAUGAUCAGAGUGUCACUGUGUCCAAAGACACUUCAGGAUUCAGAAACGAAAUAGCAGAAUCGGAAGAGACGCUGCAUGCAUCACAGGGAGGCACAACUGACGUGUGCGACAUGACUCCCAACAACUCAGUGGGUUCAACACGGGUGCUGCCGUCUCCCACCGUCAACACACGAGAAGCGCUGGAUGUCAUCAUGGGCAUGUUUCAGGCCCCUUCUAACAACAUCUCAUCUUUCUUCGUCACUGAUGGGCCGUUGGAUGAAGCGACUUCAACAGAUGGCUCCUCCCAGCUCGCCAACAUGAGCGCCUCGCAGCCCUUCACCGUCUACCAAGAUGCUGCUGACAAAGAAAAUGUCAUGGCCGCCAGUGAGGCACACAGGAGUAAACGAGCCCGAUGCUUGGUUGAGCUCCCGCCGUCAAAUUGGAAGAAGUUGAGUGACAGUCCUCAGAACAAGACACCUGAUGUAACCACCAUGUGGGGCGCUCCUGCCAACGCGAUCAGUUGUCUGGCGGCGUGUCCCAACAGCACCGCUGAUUUCGCCGUGUCAGCACACUGCAUGUCCACGCCGUUCACGCACAAAGUUCCUGUCAACAUUUUCCAGGACGCAGCAGACGAGUGUGAUGCUACACAAACGGAUGAAAAUGCUUUCAUCAGACAUCAACACAAGCUCAGCCCCAUCAUUGAGCAGAGUCCGGACGACAAACCCUCUGACACCGCGGUCGGUGAGCACGUGACGUCCUCGGUGUCACAGUGCACCAUUGUGGGGGAGCUGCCCACUGCCAAUGUCCACCGUCACCUGACCACCUCCUCUACCACCGUGAUGCAGCCUCCACCGCCCGCUGUGUUGUCUUUCAGGGACCAGACGCUGGGCCCUUUUGACUCGUCUCAGACAAGUGGACUUGUUGGGGGCGUGUCCACCACCUCCUCUACCACCGUGAUGCAGCCUCCACCGCCCGCUGUGUUGUCUUUCAGGGACCAGACGCUGGGCCCUUUUGACUCGUCUCGGACAAGUGGACUUGUUGGGGGCGUGUCCACUGACCUGCAGUCUUGUGCUGAACCCGCCUUUGUCGGGGAGCCGUUUAGCAUCGUGGACGAUUUCAGACAAGGCUGCCAUCUUCCUGUGACGUCUGACCAGCCGUUAAUCAGAAGCCCCGCCCCCCCAGCCCAGCCAAACGUGGACGCUUUCCCCAGUACAGGUCGUGGCCUAGAUGUCUGCAAGAGUCCAGAACCUCCGCGUGACGUGUCCAUCAACUUGACGCCACUAGCUUCUUCUGAUGAACACAUGGUUAGCCCAGAAAAAGACCCCUCCCCCCAGUCAAAACUCUCUCUGCUGGUGUCAGACCCGUGGAGCAGUGACCUCAUCGCCGAGCUCCUGUUAAAAAUGACCUCGCCUCUCACCUCGCACCCACGAUGCCACAGCUGGCAACACAAGAUCCCCAACAUUAGUCCCAAGAUGAGCGUCAGUGUGGGAAACUCAUCCCUGCGAGUGGACCGCAUCCUCGGCCAAGGAGCGUUUGCUACGGUUUAUCAGGCUAGCCACACCGAGAGUUGCGCCAAGAUGGUCCUGAAGGUGCAGAAACCAGCCAAUCCCUGGGAGUUUUAUAUUAAUACUCAGCUGGAUGCUCGUUUGGCGCCGCAAGUGCGCCACCUUUACGGCCGCGUUUACUCUGCUCACCUGUUUACCAACGGCAGUGUCCUGCUGAGUGAGCUGCAUCCCUACGGCACACUGCUGAACGCCGUCAACUUGUACAAGCAACUUGCCGACAAGGUCAUGCCUCAGCCUCUUGUCAUCUAUUUCACUGUCUGCAUCCUGCGAAUGAUGGAAGAACUGCACGCCGCCUGCAUCAUCCAUGCCGACAUCAAGCCAGACAACUUCAUGCUCGCACACCGGUUUUUGGAGAACAACAAGUUUGAGUGUGAAGACUUUGAACACGGUCUAGUCCUGAUCGACUGGGGACAAAGCAUUGACAUGAAAUGUUUCCGAGAAUGCACUGCUUUCACUGCCAAGUGUCUGACGUCAGGAUUCCAGUGCACUGAGAUGCUCAGCAGUAAACCUUGGAACUACCAGACGGACUACUUUGGGAUAGCAGGGACGGUGCACUGCAUGCUGUUUGGGAGCUACAUGAAGGUGGUGAAUGAAGACGGCGUGUGGAGAACCACCGCCAUGUUUCGAAGGAACCCUCACAGCGAGAUGUGGCUGAGCUUGUUUCACACACUGCUCAAUGUUCCUGACUGCAAUCCGCUGGCGAGUCUGAGCGCACUCCGGCGCCGCCUGGCGUCCGUCCUGGAGGACAACUACGGCAGCAAGAUGGCGUCACUCAAGAGCCGUCUGGUGGUUAACCUGCUAGAGAGCGCCAAGGCCACUCGCAGAUGACUAUCAACUACUCCUCUUGACUUUUUAGCUCAAUUGAUGCUAAUAAUGCAUAAGCUUGAAUAAUGUUGCCUUCUGUUCAAUGACCAAACAAUAAAGAUUAUUUGCUGUA